GAAAACGAGUGACCUCGUUGGAGUGAACGUAGCCACAGAGUAUCAGAAAUGAACCAGACGAGAAGGAACACACGCGCAGUGUCGCGUGGUUCUCGCGCAUCUGAAUUCGUCCCUCUUUGCUUCGCCGCUCGGAGAAGAGAUAAAAAGAAGUUGAGCAAACGCUUUGGAGCUAAUGCGGACACGAUCUCGUUGUGUUUUAGGUGCAUAUACCCGAGCCUGACGUGAAAUGUAUUACUGAGGAUUGAAGAUAGAGCCACGGAGAAAAUGUCGUGGUGUUAGUACGUGGCCAAUGUGCCUUUGCUCAUUCCGAACAGGUCACGAGAGGAUUUGCUUGACAUUGGCAGUCUCUGGUACUGUGAUUUUUCGAGGUUUUCAAUGAGGUCAAAGUGAACGCUGAUCAUCUCCGAAGAGAGGAAAAUUUUUCGGCAAGAUUCGCAGUUCUUUACUAAAAAACAUUUCUUUUCAAGGUCUUUGAGUUUAAUCGAAUGUGAGAAGAAUAACUUGGGUAUAUUUUUAUUGAUGUUAUUAAUUUUUUAAAAAACCGUUGUCAGCAAAUCGUUUCGUUCUUAUAAAACCGUUAUGCAUUUUCCCGGAUCGCUGCUGGGCCGUCUGUUCUAAAUUUCCAUUCUUUCAUCACGCCGUGAAUGGUUUUUACUUUCACCUCCGUAAUACAAAGAUGCAUUUGACGUACGGCGCUUUUGUCUCUUUAAAAUGGCCAAUCACUGCAGCUUUCCCCGAGCCCUCGAGUACGUGAGUCCCGUGGCGUCGAGGUGUGAAAACGGCGCGGUGUUGCUCAAUCCCUGACUUUCGCUCUCUCUCCCUCUCUCCUUUCGCGUUAUGGAGAAAGAAGAGGAACGGUUUAUUCGAAGGCUAUGGCCAUGCACGUUCUACAUUCGAGUCGCGUGCAUCUCCGGCUGCACACACCAAACACUAUCGAGAAAGUGUCAGCGCAAACAAAGAUGUAAUAAACAUAUUUUGUCGCAUGCUUGCCUGCGUCCUAGGUCAGUCCCCGUAAAUGUGUGAAAAAAUAAGUCGAUGCACAGCUACGUCGACGUACAAGUGCGAAGUUGAUACGGAAAUGAAUCGAUUUUUUUCACGGACGGUUGCGUGGCCAAUUUUAAUCCAUCAAAAAGCAGUUUCGGCUGUAAACCACGACGGAAUUUCCCUCCAUCAACCUGUCAGAAAGUGUUCGUGGUUUAUGAAAGUGUGCGGAUUCCCCUAAAAUUUGGAUACUUCAAUAAAGGAUAAUGCUCGCCCUACAUUUUCUCUCCGGGGAUUCUAAGCGAAAAGUCCACAAGGAAAUUCGAUCAACCGAUGCAACUAUUUGGUUUUUUCUUCAGGUCCAAUCAGGCCACGAAACAUCAGGGAUAAACGAGGUUGAAUGACCAACGGUCUCGCAAUAUUUCUGCGGGCGACUCAGCUUACGUUUGGACGCAUCGAUGGACUUUACGGAGUGAGGAGAUUCGCAACGAAGGGAAAACCCUUAGCCUCGGAGGUCUUAACGAGGUACCUGCUGCAGAGCAAAGAGCCCCCGUGGACAUCGUAUUUCGUUAAAUACGUUGACGUUGUCAACGAUCAGCGUGGCAUGUCCCACUUCAAUUGGCCAGCUGGUACGAGCAACUAUCACAUACUCCGCACCGGUUGCUUCCCUUACAUCAAGUAUCACUGCACGAAAAGGCCCAAGGAGGAUCUCAGUCUAGACGACAAAUUCUACAAGGCUAUCAAGAUCAUUAACCUUGGUAUACCAACACUGAUGUACGGUUUGGCAGCGACCCAGCUUAUCAGACACGAGGAAAUGGUCACCACGUCCCAGGGCAGGGAGGCAUCGUAUUCAGUCGUCAGCCGAACGGAGUUCCGUCGGCUAAACCCUUACGCGAAGGAGACGCAUCUGGUUGACCGUUGGAAAUAUGAGACUGUUGACUUAACGUGGUUCAUGAAAAUAAAUAUAUGAAGCGACACACGCACAUGGAAUCGUCCAGAGAAUUAAUGGAAAUCGUAGUGCAAGCUCUCAACCGAUGAUCGCUAAUGCAUCGGUGUUACUUUCCACACGACGUAUUCAUUCCCAAAUAAACGGAUCACACAAGCGUCAAUUCUAUGGUCACGCUUUGGUCACAUUUUGCUAACUAUGACGCUUCAACCAAAGACCGAUCAAACAAAAUUCAGCAGAGAAUUGGUUGUGGACACUUUUGAAAGUGUUAAUCAAACGGCAGUUUCCAAAUUAUGAGUACAGCGGAGCAUGAAGUCGGAGAAACAGGCCAACCUUGCAAUUUCCUUUCGCUCGAAAAGAAAGUAUUUUGAAUAACUUGUGAUUGUGAUGAAGCCAUUGAUUGUACCCGAUUAUCGAAAUGCUACACGUACAUUUACUUUAUAAAUAUUAUUUACGAAGCACACUCGAUGCGGUUCUGCUCUGAAAGCCAGUCGUUUAUGCAUCUUCACUCGAUGUCGCGGCACGCAUUCGCAGAACGACGGUAUGCAUAUCAAUGGCAUUGCGGGCUGAACGUGCGGCGACAACGGAGAGGAGCAUCAAGACACAAAUCUCGUGUGUGGAACCGAUGAACACUCGGUGAUGCACUAUCUCGUGAUUCGUGUUCUCGUCCAUGUGUACAAGAAAAAGGCACUUUUUCAGCGAGCAAAAGUGUUCGUUUUAACGGCCACAAAAAUUUAUUCGACCAAAAACGCCGCAAAAAUUUUUUUUUUCAUACAAACAGGAUUUCAAACAAAAUUUUAUUGCCCCAAAUUAGUUUUCCACUCGAAAAAUAUCUUGGAUAUUCAUAUCAAAGUAUCUCGUUUCUGUUUUUAUAUAAAAAAGGAAAAAAAAUUAUUAAACGGUAUUUAAGGUCCGUAAGUUUUUGAGGCCGCACUGUAUACACUCCUUUUCCGAUUCCACAAGUUUUUGUACCAAAACAAUGCCCUGAUUCGAAGUCUCAAAGGAAAAUUGUCGAAACUCAGGUAAUUCAGAGGAAACAACGACGUGUGCGAAUCGUCGAAUAAUUGAAGCAUUAAUUAAUUCCGGGAGCAUGCAGUCAUACGGUUUUCCAGGCAGAGCUUCGACGCUGAAUAUCCAUCAAAGUGUUUGCAUAGAGCCCCCAAAGCAACAGGCGUAGAUUACCAAAACUCGAUACAUUUUGCAACAGAACAUUUUCCCAGAAUACUUGUUCGAUUCCGUGGGGAAACACAGACUUUUAUUCUGGAAUAAAAAAUCUCGUUUCUGAGGAAUUUUGUCUUUUGUUUAUUCAGUUGUUGCGAAAUUAUUUCUUUAUGUUAAUAAAGGCGAUGAUUUUCUGGCUAAUUUCGCAUGUUUCCUAAGCAAAUACAAGUUUUUAAAUGUCACGUAUCGACGAGAUGAAGAAUACUUUGAAACAAAAAUGCAGAGGGAAAGUCGGGCCAUGUGUGCGAUUGAACGAGGAUAUUGCAAGCAUUUUUCAUCCUGUAUCUGAUGUGUUCAUCGUUUCAUUCGACGCCCUGACGUAACUCCUUGGGGUUACUACCUGAAAGCAACUCGUUAUUUCAGAAGCUGCAAGAAAUUCCGAAGAUUCUUUACCGAUUAAGUGUGCUGUCGCAUAUACGACACUUUUGUCACCGCUCUCUGGUAACCAGUCACACUCUACGCUGCCAUUGUAUCAUUUUCAUAAAAAAUAACGAGGUCUUCGGCCCAGCCUCCUGCAAUUGAGAUUGCCUUUUCCAACAAAGCAUGUUCUUCUCGUCAUCACGCGAGCAUGCAGUCAUCAACUUUUUCAUACGUCGUCGCUAUAUUUUUCUCAGCUUCUUCGUGUCGAUAAAUUAUUCUGUUUUUUUUUUUCGAAUAAUUUCUUCUGUAAAUUCGUAUAAAUGUUCUGUCAUUCCGGCAUCGAUAUUUUCAAAUUUCUAGCAAUUAAUGUCUUUUCGGUGCUUCAUGGUUUCAAUCCAUGAGAAAAUUUCUUGAAACAGCAGCUGUUUUUGGUUUUUCUCUUACAUAUUGUUACGGUUUCCCCCUCUUGCAUUUGCAUGUAUUUAUUUGUCUUAUUACUGAAAUGAAGAUCUUAUGCUCCUUGACAACGAUUGUUCUUUGUAAUAAACAAGAUAAGACACGCAGAAGACGUACAGAACCUCAAGCAUACACAUUACAUUGUAUUCUGUUGUAUAAUAAACCGCCCUAUACUUUCCAAAAACUAGUUCGUCUAUUUAUUUUGCCCAUUUCGUAACAAUACUUUUGAGAAAAUUAGUCUCCCACUUUUCGGCCAUAGAUUAUAGAAAUAUUCGUUUGCAGGACUGUUUUAUUGAAGUAUAAGAAUAGGAAUUCUGCUCUGGAAAGCUUAUUCCAUAAUUCAUGGCACAGAU